UUUCAUGGGCGAAUAUGUUUUUGUGAACACGAUAUGUAAACAAUAUGAAAUAUAAAUUUUUGGAUAUUUAAACACGUUGAAAUGUACACACUUUUGCAUGGUUUGUACAAAUAUCUUGUGCAAAAAGAUGAAUAUUUUAUAUUAAUAUUAGGACUCGACAAUGCAGGGAAAACGACCUAUUUAGAAGCAGCAAAAACAAAAUUUACAAAAAAUUAUAAGGGUAUGAAUCCUAGUAAAAUUACAACAACUGUUGGUUUAAAUAUUGGAAAAAUUGACAUAGCUGGCGUUUGUUUCAAUUUUUGGGAUCUUGGUGGACAAGAAGAACUUCGAUCACUAUGGGAUAAAUAUUAUGCAGAAUCACAUGCUGUGAUUUACAUAGUGGAUUCUUCAGAUCGGGAGAAGAUACCUGAAUCUAAGGAAACUUUUGAUAGAGUUAUAUCAUCAGAACAUUUAAUAGGUGUACCACUUUUAGUCCUAGCAAAUAAGCAGGAUGUGCCUGAUUGCAUGGGUGUUAGAGAAGUAAAACCAAUUUUUAAUCAAAAUGCACACUUAAUAGGUCGAAGAGAUUGCAUGGUAAUGCCAGUUUCUGCUCUGAAUGGUGAUGGCGUGGAUGAAGGAAUUCACUGGCUUGUUGAUUGUGUCAAGAGAAACAAUGAUGUUCGUCCUCCUCGUAACCAGAACGACAGUUGUCUGUCCUAACAACACAUUCCUGUUUUAUUUUAUAAUAUAGAUAAAUCUAAUGAACAGUAUUUUAAUGUAAAGUUGU